AUGCAAUAUAAAUCCUAUAUAGAUCCUUAUCUAAAUAAACAAAUCAACAUUCAAAAACCUUAUCUACAUAGAAGUCCUAGUUUUCAUAACCCUAUCUAAAAUUGUAUCUUAUUUUUAUUUAUAAUGAUUAGCAAUAUUAUGUAAGAGCAUCUCCGAAUAGAAACUCAAACUCUCGAUUGAUCAAGAGAGUCAGACCAAAUAAAACAAUAUUGGAUAAUCCCAAUGGGAGAAGUAUCUCCAUCAUGCCUAAACUUUAGGAUUGGAUCCAAAUUACCAAAAAGAGUGUAACUUCAAUAUAGAGAAAUCAUCAAACCUAAAUAAUUUGAAAUCAAUCUUUCUCAACCUCGAAUUCACAGUCCAAAUGUCAAUUAAAGAUUCAAUAGAUCUUUUUAUAUGGGUCUUCAAGAAAUUAAUUCAUCAUCCUUAAAAAGGCCUCUCUUAAAUCUUACUAGUACUGUUAUUAUGGUAUUUCUAUUAUUAAUUUAAAUUUAGAUCUAAGAUAGUACAUAAGCAACUUCAGAACUUCAAACAUAGAAAAUAUAAUAGAAAUUUAGACAUAAUUUUAUUUUCCAUUAUAUUAUUGGAUCAGGAGGAUUUGGUAAUGUUUGGAAAGUUGAAUCAAAAAAAACUAGAAUGAUAUAUGCAAUGAAAGAACUAAAAAAAACAAAGUAUUUUUGUUAUCUUAUUGAGAAUUUUAGCUAAAAAAUCUGUAAAAUCUGUUAUGAAUGAAAAGUAGCUGUUAUAAAAACUUAAGAAUCCUUUUAUUAUUAAUAUGGUAGGAUCAUUUUAAGAUAAAGAUCAUUUAUAUCUAAUCCUUGAUUAUUUAUCAGGAGGUGAUCUUAGAUAUCAUAUAUUACUUAAUAAAACAUUUAGAGAAGAAUAAAUUAGUAUAUAUUUAUAUAUAUAAAAAUAUUAUAGAAUUUUUUGUAGCUUGUAUAAUUCUAGGAUUAGAAUACAUAAAUUCUUAUUAAGUUAUUCAUAGAGAUCUAAAACCUGAAAAUUUAAUAUUGGAUUGUAAGGGAUAUUUGAAAAUAACAGAUUUUGGAAUUGCUAGAUAUUAUAAAAAUGAAAAUAGUAAUGAAACAAGUGGUACUCCUGGAUAUAUGGCACCUGAAAUAAUACUAAAAUAAAAUUAUAAUUAUUGUGUUGAUUAUUAUGCAAUAGGUGUUAUUUGUUAUGAAAUGAUAACUGGUAAAAGACCAUAUUUAGGUAGAACAAAAAAAGAAAUACGUGAUGAAAUGUUAGGAAAAUAAGCUUAAUUAAAUGCCAAAGAAUAUUUAUAAUAUUCAUGUAAUCUAAUAGAAUUUACAAAUAAAUUACUUGUGAGAAAAUAAUAAAAUCGUUUAGGUUAUUAAAAUGGGAUUAAAGAACUAAAAAAUCAUAAAUUAUUUAAUACAUUUUAAUGGGAAAAAUUGAUAAAUAAAACAAUGAUUGCUCCAUAUCAACCUAAAUAAGAAGAUAGGAAUAGACCAUAUCAAAAAACUAGUGAUUCACAAUAAACAUUAUUUAAUGAAUAACUUAAAUAACUUAAAUUUAAAGAAAUCUAAAUGCUUUUUGAUGGAUAUACAUAUUAAACUGAAGAUAAGAUUAUUUGA